CAAGCCUUGAGCACUGCGGCUUCCCCAACCCAUUUUGGCUCAAGCACUGCAGGCUGCUGCUUCCCCAGAAUCGUUUAUGAUGAAGUGGUGAUGGUUGAUGGAGAUUGAAACCCACCACCAAAGAUUUCACAACUACUGAAGACGCAGAUUCUCUGCAUCACAAUACAUCUGAAGGAUUGUUUCAUACUAAUGGCCACUAAGCUGCUAUCUCCUUGGCAAUCUGGGGUUUUCUUUAGGAUUUCCAGCCGCACAUCCCCCUUCACCUUCCUCCGUGGCUUCUGUUCAGAUGAUACCUCCUCAGUUUCAGAGAUCCCACCAAUCGAGUCUCAGUCUCCCUCAACCGAAUCUGAUUCAGCCCCGAAUGUGGAUGUAAAGGAAGAAAAUGCAAUUGGAGGACUUGAAGAAAACAUUCAGCGAAGAAUCCCACGUGGUAAGCAUCCUCCAAAACCAGAAAAGUUAGAAGAUGUAAUCUGCCGAAUGAUGGCAAAUCGGGAGUGGACUACCCGAUUACAGAGAUCGAUCAGAGAACUUGUUCCUGAAUUCGAUCACUCUCUUGUCUGGAAUGUUUUGCACGGAGCCCGUAACUCUGAGCAUGCUUUGCAAUUCUUUAGGUGGGUCGUUAAGACUGGUUACCGCCACGACCGAUCGACCCACCUGAAGAUGAUUCAAAUCUUGGGCCGAACUCGGAAACUCAAUCAUGCCCGAUGCAUUCUCUUUGACAUGCCCAAGAUGGGUGUUGAAUGGGAUGAAGAGUUUUUCAUUGUUCUAAUCAGUAGUUAUGGGGAAGCUGGGAUUGUUCAGGAGUCGGUAAAAAUGUUUCGUAAAAUGAAGGAAUUAGGUGUGGAAAGAACUGUCAAAUCUUAUGAUGCUUUGUUCAAAGUGAUCAUGCGCCGGGGACGAUAUCUAAUGGCGAAACGGGUUUUUAAUGAAAUGCUGGCUGAAGGGGUGAUGCCGAUCCGCCACACAUACAAUGUUUUGCUCUGGGGCUUCUUCCUUUCUUUGAAGGUGGAAACUGCGAAUCGAUUCUUUGAAGACAUGAAGAACCGGGGAAUCUCUCCUGAUGUGGUGACAUACAACACAAUGAUUUAUGGGUAUAUCCGGGUGAAGAAGAUGGAGGAGGCAGAGAAGCUUUUUGUGGAGAUGAAAGGGAAGAAUUUGAACCCAACUGUGGUCAGUUACACUUCCAUGAUCAAAGGAUAUGUCUCAAUGGGCCAGGUUGACGAUGGCUUGAGAUUGUUUGAUGAAAUGGCUUCGUUUGGAAUCAAGCCAAAUCAUAAUACUUAUUCGACCCUGUUGCCAGGGCUGUGUGAUGCAGAGAAGAUGUCAGAAGCUCAUAAACUUGUUGAGGAGAUGGUGGAGACACACCAGGCUCCUGAAGAUAAUUCGAUCUUCUUAGGAUUGAUCUCUUGUCAAUGCAAGGCAGGUAAUUUGGAUUGGGCUGCUGAUGUCCUCAAAGGUAUGAUUCGAUUAAACCUUCCAGUGGAGGCAGCACACUAUGGCGUCUUGAUCGAAAGUUUCUGUAAGGCAGGGGCAUAUCAGAGGGCUAUCAAGCUAUUGGACAAGGUUAUUGAGAAAGAGAUCAUCUUGAAUCCAUCAAGUUCGUUAGAGAUGGAACCGAGUGCAUAUAACCCUAUAAUUGAGUACCUAUGCAAUAAUGGGUGGACUGUGAAGGCAGAGGUUUUUCUCCGGCACCUGAUGAAAAAGGGUGUUCAGGAUCCAGCUGCAUUUAACAAUUUG